AACAACAUAUUUUAUAACAUAUACUAAACUUCUUUUUGUUUUUCUUAGAAGUGUAACGUUAAAAGCUUAGAAGGAAAAAUGGAGGAUGAUAAAGAUUGUAGUGGUGGAGAGGUUAAGUAUAGAGGUGUAAGGAAGCGGCCAUGGGGGAAGUACGCGGCUGAAAUCCGUGACUCGACUAGGCAUGGUGCACGAGUUUGGCUUGGUACGUUUAAUACGGCUGAGGAAGCUGCUAGGGCGUAUGAUCGAGCUGCUUAUAACAUGAGAGGUCAUUUGGCUAUACUUAAUUUUCCUAGUGAGUAUAACAUGCCUCGCGGUGGUUCUUCCUCUAGGGGCGGUUCUUCAUCUUCAUCUUCAUCGACGAGGAAUAAUGUUGGGCAAGAUAGGGCUAAGGAAGUUUUCGAAUUUGAGUAUCUUGAUGAUAAGUUGCUCGAAGAUCUUCUUGAUUAUGAUAAUAAUAAGGGUGGAAGGCAAUGAAGCUACAUGUAUAUUUGAUGAUUUGAUUUCAAGCUCUAUAAAAACUUCGAACGAGCAUGUUCGAAUUUGGACAAUGUGUCCUUGCAUUUAUAACUUAUUUCAUAAUGUAACAUCCUUUCUUCUCUUUCUCUACAUCCGGCCUCGCUCCUCAUUAAGGCCACAUCGUUUUUCUUGAGAACUUUAAUUUGUGUUUGAUGAUUAAUAGGUCAGUCUAAUAACUUUUACAACUACAUUAUUGUAUGAUAUGAUUUUCUCAAUUUUCUCUAUGUGCAUUUCUUUCCUAUA